UCGUGGGCUGGAUUGCUAGAGUGGGAUUUCUAGUCUUUCGGAGCGCAGUAUAUUUUUGCUUGUCUAUCUUUGGAUCUGUGUGCGUUUAACAGUAAUAAAGACAUAUUUUCUGAAUCGGUAAAUGUAGAUAUUUCAGGCUGGAUCUUUACAUCUGUAUACCGUCUCCAAUUGGAAUAAAUAAUUGAGGAAUGUGGAAAUUACAGAAUGCCCAACAGCGUUGGAAAGAGAUUUAAACCCACCAAAUACAUCCCGGUAUCUACUGCUGCCACUUUUCUUGUGGGAUCCACCACCUUAUUCUUCGUUUUUACGUGCCCCUGGCUGACCAACACGAUCUCCCCCGCCGUGCCUCUCUACAAUGGCGUCGUCUUCCUAUUUGUGCUGGCCAACUUCAGCAUGGCUACCUUCAUGGACCCUGGAGUCUUCCCAAAAGCGGAUGAGGAUGAGGACAAGGACGAUGAUUUCCGGGCACCUCUCUACAAGAAUGUAGAGAUCAAAGGAAUUCAGGUCCGGAUGAAAUGGUGUGCCACCUGUCACUUCUACAGACCGCCCCGCUGCUCUCACUGCAGUGUGUGUGACAACUGUGUGGAGGACUUUGACCACCACUGCCCCUGGGUGAACAACUGUAUCGGGCGUAGGAACUACCGUUACUUCUUCCUGUUCCUGCUGUCGCUAAGCAUCCACAUGGUGGGCGUGUUCUCCUUCGGCCUGCUGUUCGUGCUGCACCACAUGGAGCAGCUGGGCACGUUGUACACCACCGUCACUCUAGUGGUGAUGUGUAUAGCAGGGCUCUUCUUCAUACCAGUCAUGGGCCUGACAGGCUUCCAUAUGGUCCUUGUCGCCAGAGGUCGUACCACUAACGAACAGGUGACGGGCAAGUUCCGUGGUGGAGUAAAUCCCUUCACGCGGGGUUGCUGUGGCAACAUCAAGUAUGUCCUGUGUGCUCCCCUGGCGCCCAGGUACAAUGGUGUGGACCCCAGGAAGAAGCCCCCUUUCUCCAUCCAGCCCCCCUUCAUCAGACCAGACCUCUCUGACAGACAGAUCAGCAUCAAGGUCAGCAACAACGGGAUCCACACCAGUAUCCUCCAGUCUAAAUCCAAGAUCAGUCUGGAUGGCCUGGCCGUGGAUGACAAAGGCCUAGACACCCAGCCUCCGCUACCUCCCAAAGCAGACCGCUACAACCAGGUGAAGAGCCAGCUGACGUCAAGCGAAGAUAGUUCCCUGUCCGGCAAGACCCAUCCCUCCACCCCGGCCAUGUACAAGUACCGGCCCUCAUUCGGCACCAUCCCUAAAGUCCAUUACCAUGCUGCAGGAGAGAAGAUUGUAAUGCCGGAUGACCACCGUAAGGCGUCAGCCAUCUUGGAGGAGGGCCGUUGCCAUGUCGACUACCGCUCAGAGCCCAACCUGGACCUGCCUGACUACCGCAACGCCCCUCUCCACCGCUCCUUCCAGUCCUCCCCACUGCAACUGGACUCCUACCCCAUCAACUCCAGCUCCCUCAGCCUGAAGCAGGCCCACCAGCGCAGGGACAAGGGCCAGCUGCCUGUCCUGCAGCCUGACACAGUCACCUCCACCCCCUACAAGAGCGUCUUCUCCCCACUGUCCAACCGCAACAGCAGCCUCUCCUACGACAGCCUGCUCAACCCCAGCAUUUCCCCAGCCACCGCAGCCGAGUGCAUGGCUCACCCCGGCAUGCCCUCUAUGGGCUCGCACUCACCCUACCUGCCAACCAAAAUGUGCCACGUGCAGGGGCCUGAACCUCAGAUCCAGAGGCAGCAGGUCCCCCCCAGCUUCAGCCCGGUGUUGGGCUUCAGGGGGAUGGGAAUGAGCAGGGGCAGGCAGUCCCCCCAGGACCGGGACCUGUCCCCGGUGUUGGGCUCCAGGGGGAUGGGGAUGAGCAGGGGCAGGCAGUCCCCCCAGGACCGGGACCUGUCCCCGGUGCGCUACGACAACCUCUCCAAAACCAUCAUGGCCUCCAUCCAGGAGCGUAAGGAGAUGGAGGAGAGGGAGAAGCUGCAGCUGCUGCACCAUGGGGGGUGCUCCCAAGCUCAAUCCUAUGCCCAGGCUCAGGACUCAGGCAUGUUCGACAGCUCUGGAGGGUACGGCCUGCCUCCCAGCGCCUGCUACCCGGAUAGUCCCCGGGACCCCAGCUCCAGAGGUCCCACGCCUCCAGCCUACGGAGGCUCUAGGGACAACCUGAUGGGGGUGGUGAGCUACGGGCCUCGGACCCCCGUGCUGCGCUCCUCUGGUGGCUCCUCUCUGGCACGUGCCCCCAGGACUUCCUCCAGCUCCCUGCACACUGACAGCAGCAUGCAGGGAGGCAGGGUCCCUGAACCCCCCUGCCGCUCCCCACCCCACCAGCCCCACCACUCCCCUGCCAUGCCCCAAUCCCCCUCCUACACCCACAAGAAACUCUCCUUCAUCCACGCCCUGGAGAGAACAGACUCACCCCGCCUGGGUGGCCCAAGAGAGGCCAUGAUGCAAAGUAAAGUGAAUGGGCAAACAGACUGCCAUCUAGCGCCCAACAGCUCCAGUGCCCAGGGCACCACUCUCAGCCCUAGCCGCCACAGUAACGUCAAAAAGGUGACUGGGGUGGGUGGCACAACCUAUGAGAUAUCUGUGUGAAAGGGCUGGGGCCCGGGGCGCCAAACCUUGAGGGAGAGGCAUCAUUCUCAUGGCAUCCACAUCCAAUGACAACAACAACUGUGCUACACAGAGAGGGUUCUCUUCUUCCUUUGACAUUUUUUUAUUCGAUAUUGACCAAUCAGGGGCGCAUAGCAUUUCCUACUUGGGAAUUAUUGGCGGACCUCUGCUCUUUCCAUGCCUAGCCCUUGGUCUCUGUGUCUGUACUGGAGGAGUGCGCCGUGAUAUGUGUGUGUUUGAUGGGAAAAGAGCAACUUCAACCUAAAGAGGGCUGAUGUUCUUACUGAGUGUUUUGUUGAAUUUUGUUGCUUGUUGCGUUGGUCAUCAGUGGACAGUCUGAAUGAGAUCUUAAAUUUGUCGUUUACAGCAUCUCAGUUGCGGUCUAGGUGCUGUUCUGUAUGAUCACACUCACUAACCACCCACCCAGGCCGCGAGAGGUUAAUACACAGACAACCUUACACAUACAGAUGAUGCCGCAUGUCUUUGUUCAGUCACAUUCUCUGAAAUAGCAAUGGUAUGGCGAGCCACCUUUAACCCAAUAAGUCAUCAAUACAGCACCAAUCCAUUGGAUUCAAGCAUACAGCGCCAAUCCAUUUGAUUCAAGCAUACAGCAUCACUCCAUUAGAUUCGAGCUUACAGCACCAAUCCAUUGGAUUAAAGCAUACAGCAUCCCUCCAUUGGAUUCAAGCAUACAGCACCAAUCAAUUAGAUUCAAGCAUACAGCAUCACUCCUUUGGAUUCAAGCAUACAGCGUCAAUCCAUUUGAUUCAAGCAUACAGCAUCCCUCCAUUGGAUUAAAGCAUACAGCACCAAUCAAUUAGAUUCAAGCCUACAGCAUCACUCCAUUGGAUUCAAGCAUACAGCAUCACUCCAUUGGAUUCAAGCAUACAGCGUCAAUCCAUUUGAUUCAAGCAUACAGCACCAAUCCAUUGGAUUCAAGCAUACACAUACCUCUUAUGAAUUCAAGGUGCUUUCAAGGUGCUGACUGUGUCUGUCUUGUCCGUCAACAACAUGUUGGCCAUUACUGAGCAGCACAGAGAAAAUAUCACAUCGCACCAGUCAGUGUUAGAUCAAUGCAAUCUUUAAUAUAGUUCUAAUACCGUCACAAGGCUGAAUGGAUAUCAAACUGUUAAAUGGCAAUACAACAGUGCUGUGUGGCACUCAGAGACACAGGUCUUGAAUUUCUCCAACCACAUUUAUCCUCUGAGUUUUGAGGUGGUGCUUAAAGGCUUACAGUACAGGAGCAUAUUCAUCUCAACUCUAGCUGAGCUCCAGUAUUUAUUUAUCUUUAUAAACUGGGUGGUUCGAGCCCUGAAUGCUGAUUGGCUGAAAGUCAUGGUAUAUCACACCCAAUACCACAGGUAUGACAAAACAUUUAUUUUUACUGUUCUAAUUACGUUGAUAGCCAGUUUAUAAUAGCAAAAAGACACCUCGGGUUUGUGGUAUAUGGCCAAUAAACCAUGGCUAAGGGCUGUAUCCAGGCACUCCGCUUUGCGUUGUGAGCAUGGACAGCACUUAGCCAUGGUAUAUUGGCCAUAUACCACAUCCCCUCGUGCCUUAUUGCUUAAGUAUACCAUAAGCUACAGUAAUCAGUAACAUAGUCCAACAUCUUAUCUUUUUUCAAUGUCAUGUUAGAGUGACCCCCGACACAGACCAGUGCUAAGAAGACACACAAAAGCCUCUACUACUGAGUGUCACAGAGGUGGCUGUUAUCUGUGAUCUAUCCUGAAUACCCCAACAAAACGGUUCUCCCCAUAUUCAGGACAACUCCCACCAGCUAGCCAGUCAGCCAUGCACCGCCAAAACAUCUGAUAGGCAAUUUAUUACUUUUGUGACUUAGUAUUUUUAGUAAAAUAGGUCUACCCAUAAUAAGUUAUGUUAAAGCCAUGUAUAAUUGUUUUGUUAUGAUUCAUAUCAAGAGUGGAAAAGGUCUUCAGUUGUGUUACUACAUGAAAACCUGUCACCCAUUGUUAUUUAGUAGUUUUUUUUAUUGAUUUGUUUUUUUAAUUUCCAACCUUUCGAAAAUGUUUGAUACAUCUUGCUUUUUAUACAGAUACUCAAGCUUGGAAUGGAUGUUUGUAUUUUGAGUGGAUUUUGUUGAUAAUUUAUAACCUAAGUGAAUUAAUGAAUAAGUACCAUAGCCGAUAUAGGGAAGGGGGUAUGCUAGUUUGUUGUAUGCUACAGUGUAAAAAAUGUUAUUGAUUAAACUGUGAUGAAGCAAUGUAAAGUUCUACAAAGCGAAUGUCAUUUUAAAAAGUUGGGUUAAAAAGGGCCAAAGUUGGCUACUAACCCUGAUUCUGUUAAAGCUCUGGGUAGUCCUGAAAUCCAUCCACUUUCAGCAGCUGUCUGGCACAGCAAACCAAAUGAAUUACAAGACAUGAAGAAAGUCAUAGAUAAAACUAUGGGACUGUUGUUUUUUUGUUGUUCACUAAUGAAAAGAAGAUAUAGUUUGAUAGGUACAUUUUUCCUUUUCUUAAAAAAAACACUGAUUAAAUGUAGCUUGAAAGUUUCCCUCUGUUUUGUAUCUUUUCUUGUUUGUAAAAGGCUCUGAACAUUUGAGGUGAGAAAUGUCACCUGGUCAUUUGCAUGUUCUUAGUGUUGAAGACAGAAUUUACAUGGAUGUAAAGGACCCUAUUUGUUUGCAACUACACACCACAUCCAUUAAAUGACCAUUGUGGCCUUUCAAGAGGACAAUGAUGUUUACUGCACAAAGAAAUCUCAUAUGACAGGUAACCAGGUUGCACUGUGGGACAACCACCUAUGAAAUGCCACCAAUAAUUCUAAUCAUGCUUAUAGCUGAAUGGUCCCACUUAUGGAUAGUAGACACAUUUUUUUUUUAUACGUAUUGUACCUAUUCAUUGUGAUACUCACUUUAACUGAAAGUACCAUAAUUGUAGAUAUCGUAUAAUAGAUGUAUAUAUUGGGAACAUAUACAUUUAUCAGAGUACACAGAAAGAUGUGACCCUCACAUUGGAAAUAGUAGAGAGGUGAAUACCCCUUGCCAUGUAUUGUUUUUUUAGCCUGUUAUUUGUGGCACAUACCAUUCCAUUUCUCCAUCUUAUCAUAUUAUCAGUUCAAUUGCAGACCAUAAGCUUCAAAUAUGAAAACACAAAUUGGCAACUGGUCCAACCCCAUAGCCGACCCUAAUUGUAUUAUAUUACACAUGGAAAAGGGAGCUAGUUAGGUUAAUAUGCCAUACUAUUUUCAGCUGAAUGUACAGUACUGGGUCACUUGUCUCAUAUUUAACUCAAAUUCACCUGUGUUCCUUGCAGGUGACUGGCCCAACAUUGUUGAUACAUACUUGAAUCUUCCCCUUCAAGCACAGAUACACAUAUGACAAAAGUGAUUGUUGUUAUUCUUCCUUUAGAUUACUGCCACUUGUUUUUUAUUUUUGCUGUGCUUUGCAGUCUGAUGGAUAUUUCACCAAGGGCUUAAUUUAAUCCGUAACACUGACGUUUGAUUCGAGUCCCAAGUCACCUCACCUGAACAAUAUGAACUAUUGCAGAAUACCUGUUACUGUAUGUCUUGCUUAUCAUAAGCAGAUGUAGUAUUUUGUAACAUUUGUUAUAUGAAUAGAAAAAUAAAUGUAGACAGUGUAUUGGAAAUACUGUUAAUGUACAUGCUUAAUUAUUUUUGUUGAAAGGAAAUAUGCCACUUGAUGACAGAAUUAGAAUAAAGAAAUGUUUGUCAA